AUGGAAGAAAUUGUUAAUGGAGAGGAUGAUGUCGAGCCGUAAUUUACAUUUAUUACACACACCCGAACUACAUAAUUUCGUAUUUCUGUGAUGAGGAAACGAAUUGAGAUAGCAUCUAUUAAUAGCCUAGAUUAAAUUUAAGUUCCAUUAAGCAUAGAUUAAACUAUCUAUUGGCUAUACGAGGAGGGCCGAGAAAUCGCUUUUGGAUUGAGGUAGGGAGAUCUUACCAAUUAUUACUAUGGAAAUGAGAGUGAGCUGUCCCAUUUUAGGAUAUUGAUUGGGUGCAAAAUUUCAUAUGGAACAUUUAGACAGGACUAUUUCGUUGGUGAUUUAUUGGGAAAAGGCACAUUUUCAGAAGUGACUAGUUUGAGGGAUGGCAAAGAGUAUGCUUUAAAGAAAAUUAAAUUGCGUAACGAGUCUCAUUUAAAGAAUAUUGAAAUUGAGGUAGCUAUUUUGCAUAAGUUAAAUCAUUAAGGCAUCAUCAAGUUACAUGAUGUAUAUCGAUUAAACGAAGACACUUAUGGGUUAAUUACUGAAUUAGUCAUUGGACAAUCUCUGGACUCAAUUAUUAAUAAAUAGAAACAAAAAAAGAGUAAACUGGAAGAACGAGACAUUUAAAUGAUUCUAAAAUAAACUCUAUAAAUCAUUGAUUACUUACAUUAGAAUAAUAUAAUUCAUCGAGAUAUUAAACCUUAACAUAUGAUUUUAUGUUAAAAUAAAACGAUUAAGAUAUUAGAUUUUGGUUUAAGUUCUAAUGAGAGUCAAAUGUCUUGCAACUGUGGUACUCCUGGUUAUUUGCCACCUGAAUCAUUUCGAGAGCAAUCGCUAUACACAUCUAAAGGAGACAUAUUCAGUUUGGGAGUGGUUUUUUAUAAGUUAUUGAAUAGAGGAGUUAGUUGUUUUGAUGCAAAUACACUCGAAUCAAUAAUGAGUAAAAAUAGACGUUGCAUGAUUGAAUAUCAAAUCAAUGGGUAUUCACCUCAAGCUCUGCAUUUGCUCAAAUAAAUGCUUCAAAAAGAUCCAGUCUUGAGAAUCAAUUCGCACGAUGCGCUGAAUCAUACUUAUUUUACUGUCCUCCGUGAAUCCCAGAAUCUAAAAGAAGAUAAAGGGAAUAUUUAUGUUUACUAAGCUCAUCCUAGGCCAUCCCACUUAUCUAGGACGAACAGUGGUGAGUUAGAGAAAACUUCAAAAUGAUUGUAAAUUAUUAUUAAAUAUAUGUUCAUGAUAUUUUCAAUUGGUCAAUUA